AUGGCUGACUCAGAUAAACAAGCUUUGAUAUUUUUUGUAAAUGGAAAGAGAAUUGAAGAUUUCGAUGCUGAUCCUGAAGAAACUCUUUUGUAUUACUUGAGAAAUCGAUUGCGACUAUGCGGAACCAAGUCUGGGUGCGGAGAAGGGGGUUGUGGCGCAUGUACUGCCAUGAUUUCCAACUAUCGAAACGGCAAAGUCAUCCACCGCGCUAUAAAUGCCUGUUUAACCCCCCUUCCCUUCAUUCAUCUCUCUGCCAUCACAACAAUUGAAGGAAUCGGGUCGACAAAAACCAAGCUUCACCGAAUCCAACAAGUCCUGAUCGACAAUCACGGAACUCAAUGCGGCUUUUGCACUCCUGGAAUUGUCAUGUCUAUGUAUGCUCUUUUGAGAAACGAGAAAUUGCCGACAGAAGAGAUGAUAAAACGCGCGCUCCAAGGAAAUUUGUGCAGAUGUACAGGAUACAGGCCGAUUCUACAAGGCUUCAAUUUUGAAUUCGCCGCAAAAAAUCAGGAAGAAAAAAGAGAGAAUGGUCCCUGUGCGCUUGGAGAAAGCUGCUGCAAGAACAAACCACAAUCAUCAUCAUCGCCCGAAAAAGCGGUCGAAAUCAACAACGACUUCAUCCCAGAAGAUCCCACUCAGGAGCCAAUUUUUCCUCCAGAACUCAAGCUUCUCAAGACGACCACUUCAUUUACCAUCAAUGGCCCAAGAACAACCUGGUUUGCUCCCACCGAAUUUGUUCCCCUAAUCCGGUAUUUGAAGGAAAAUCAAGAAGUGCGAAUCAUCUCUGGCGGCACGAUUUGCGCGCUAGAAUCGAAAUUUGAGCAAAAAUUUCGACCAAUUCAGAUUUCUACCGCCGCUGUUGAGGAAUUAAAAACAAUCUCAAUGGACGAAUUUUCACUUAGAAUCGGCGCUGGGGCAACAAUAACAGAGAUAAGCGAAUUCAUCCAAGGAGCGAAGGAAAAGAAUCAAAUCCUUGACUCGAUUCUGGAAAGCGCAAAGUGGUUUGGUGGGGAACAAGUUCGAAAUGUCGCAACAAUUGGUGGCAAUAUCAUGAGCGCUAGGGCUACUUCUGAUUUGACUACCAUUCUUAUGGCUGCUGGCGCUCAAGCGAAAUAUACGACAUGUGAAUUGACAGACCAUGGCACUGUCUAUUUCCACGAUAUUGAUCUUGAUAAUAAUUUCUUUCCUGGGGAAAGAAUAGCCGCGAUUCCAAAAGACUCCGUUCUUUAUGAAGUCAAUCUUUCAUUAUGCCCGAAAACAGCGUUUUUUCGAUCUUACAAGCAGUCUAAAAGAAAAGAAAAUGAUACAGCCAUUGUCAAUGCUGCUUUCUUCCUUGAUUUCAACGAAAAUUCAAGCACUAUAAAAACGCUACGGAUGGCAUUUGGCGGCGUUGCGAAAACUGUUCGACUCGCAAAAUGUGCCGAUUCUUUUGUUGGUCGAUCCUGGGACGAAAAAUUAUUGAAAGACGUCAGUGAAGCGUUGCAGGCAGAAUUUGAUGUUUCCGACUUUCCAGUUGGAUAUGUUGCUUACAGAAAAUGUCUGAUUACAUCUUUCUUCUUCAAGUUUUUCAUCACUGUUAAUCAUGAGCUUGGUGGCGAAAAGAACCAAAUUGGACUCGAGCGCGGUUCUUUUUCGAGCAUCAGGUGUGCUGAUGUUGAUCACUCUCUCGCACCAGUUGGAAAAUCUACUCGAAUAAUUUCCGCAGCAAAACAAGCCACUGGAGAAGCACAGUUUCUGGACGACAUGCCAAAACUCGAUAGAGAGUUGUAUUUUGCCCCGGUUUUAUCGCCCAAAGCGCAUGCUAAAAUUCUCUUCGUUGAUUUCACCGAGGCAGAUGCUCUCCAAGGCGUGGUGGGUCACGUGACAUGGGAAGAUGUAAGAGGUGGCAAUGAAAUCAAUGACGAAGAGUAUUUCAGAAAAGAGACUGUAACUUCCACUGGUCAAAUCAUUGCAGGAAUUCUUGCGGACGAUGAAAAAACUGCUCGAAGAGCAGCAAAACUAGUCAAAAUUGAAUACGAAGUGAUCGAGCCGGUAGUUGUGACGAUCGAAGACGCGAUUAAAUUCGAUAAAUAUCUUCCCAACGCUCCUUCGAUCCGCCACGAUCGAGGAGACCCAGAUGCCGCUUAUGAAAAAGCAGAGCACAGGAUUGAAUCAUCCGUGCGAUUCGGGAGCCAGGAGCAUUUUUACCUCGAGACACAGGGCAGUUAUUGCAUUCCGAUCGACAAUUCGGAUGAAUUUCACGUCAUUUCAAGCUGCCAAAAUAUCCUGGAAGGUCAAUCUUCCGUUGCACGAGUUCUUAAUGUGCCGAUGAAUCACGUGAAAUUCUCAGUAAAACGGCUUGGUGGAGGUUUCGGAGGAAAAGAAAUGCGGUUCAGGCUGCUUUGCGGGGGCGUCGCCGUCGCGGCGCAGAAAUUCAACCGACCGGUUAGAUGUGCUUUGGACAGAGAGGAAGACAUGCUCUACUCUGGAGGUCGCCACUCAUGCUUGUCCAAGUACAAAGUUGGAUUUGAAAGCAGUGGUAAAAUCACCUCCGUCUCCAUCGAUGGCUACGCGAACGCUGGCUACUCGGAAGAUGUCUCCAUCGGCAUGCUUUCCCGCUACAUCGACCACUGCUUUAACUGCUAUCACUUUCCGAACUACAGGGUCGUUGGUCACUGCAUGAUGACAAACACAAGAUCGAAUACUGCUUUCAGAGGAACAGGAGGGCCACCGGGAAUGCUGGUCGCGGAGGAUAUCGUGCAUAAAGUCGCGGAUUACCUGAAAAUGCCAGUUGAUGAUGUUCGAAAAAUAAACAUGUUGAAGAGAGGCGAUCGACUCCCAUACGGGCCGUGUGAUAAACAGCUUUUGGACGAGGAUCACAUUUUGGAAGAAAUCUACGAAAAAGCCAAUGAGUCGUUCAAAAUCGAUGAGCGCCGAAAAAUCAUCAAAAAAUUUAAUGAAAAGCAUCAAUUCACGAAGAAAGGAGUCGCCCUGGUUCCGAUCAUGUUUGGACUUGGCUUCGGACUCAAACAUCUUAAUUCUGGAGGAGCUUUGGUCCAAAUUUACACAGAUGGCAGCGUGCUUGUCGCUCAUGGUGGCAUCGAAAUGGGACAGGGCUUGUAUACGAAAAUGAUUCAAAUCGCUUCAAAAGAGCUGGGAGUGCCGAUGGAAAAGAUUCAUACUCUAGAAACCUGCUCAACGACUGUUCCAAACGCAGCGCCAACUGCUGCUUCUGUGUCUUCAGAUCAUAUCGGUUUCGCGGUGAAAAAAGCUUGUGAAGAAUUAAGGGAACGCCUCUCGGUUAUUGAUGAAACGGAUCCAUUUAUAACCUGGGAGGAAAAAAUCAAGAAAGCGUAUCUCCAGCGAAUCAGCUUAUCCGCCUCAGCAUUUGGCCAGUCUUCAAGAAUCGAGUGGGAUCCAGUGACUAGAAUAGGGAGGAAAUAUAAUUACUACUGCUACGGAGUCUGUGGCUCAGAAGUCGAAGUUGAUUUGCUCACUGGAGACCAUAUCAUCCGGGAAGUUGAAAUUCUCAUGGACAUUGGAAAAUCGCUCAACCCUGCUGUCGAUAUCGGCCAAAUCGAAGGCGCUUUUAUCCAAGGAGUUGGGCUCAUGACUCUUGAAGAAGAACUAUUCAAGCCUGAGGGCGAGCAACUGACUAAAGGACCCGGAAGUUAUAAAAUCCCUGCUUUUGGGGAUAUUCCAGAGAAGUUCAAAGUGUCGCUUUUUGACAAAACGAGUAACAGACACGGCCUUUUUCAUUCAAAAGUUAGAUCUCUUCGACGCAAAAUAUAA